UGCACGGAUACGAUUUUGGACCAUUACCGAAGUUAUGCCGAAACACGCUAAGGCUAAGACGCGUUUGAAGCUAUGACUGACGCGAACCCUCCUACAUAUUUCCAUCCUCCAAUUAUUCAACGAUCACGAAAUGAAUCAUCCUUUCGUAUUUGAUAAUGGCGACGGUGAUGUUGGUGCCAAAGUGUUAUAUGAAGGCUGCGAAGUCUCUUUUAAACUAUCCUCUCAUGCUUUGAGUUUCGCUAGCCCUGUCUGGAAGAAACUUAUCUUUCCUCCAUUUCCCCUUUUAACAUCACGAGCAGAAGGAGAGGAAUCUAAUUCGAAGAAAUCUUGCGUAGCUAACGAGCCAUUUUCUGAUAUUGAGUUGGACUUCACAGAAGAUAAUCCGGAAGCUCUACUGGUACUUCUUCGAAUUGCGUAUUUGCAAUUCUCGGCUAUUCCCUCGAGCCUGCCAUACGUUAUCUUGGAUAACAUUGCUAUUCUUUGUGAUAAGUACAAUUGCAUAUUGUUAGUCAAACCUUGGUUGAAAGACUGGUUGAAGGAUGAGCAAUAUGAAGCAUAUUUACCACGUCAGGAGGGAUGGCUGUGGAUUGCUUAUUGCUUUGGAAGGAGGAAACUUUUCUAUGAUUUGAUGAACGUUCUUGUAUUGUCGGCAUGUUUAAAUGAUGAUAAUGAAUGCUUUAUCGUCGAGGAGAACUCUCUACGUAUAUCAAGAACGGUGGUUGAGGUCAAUUCGUAUCCGUUGGAGGAGGAAGGGUGUCCUUUGCCUCCUGGCAUGGCCGGUAAAUAUCACUUCACAAUUGAAGUUUCUACUCGCUGAUCGUUCAUAGAAGAAAUUCUUGCUCUUCGCGCACCUAUGAUUAACAGGCUUUUGCAGUCCUUACAUUUCAUCAUGGAUGGAUUAUUAUCACAUUCAGCUGCGUCCACUUGCAAAUUAUUGUGCGAAGAGACAUGUCGUUCAGUUAUUUUUGGGCUCCUUGCCAGAAAUCUCAAUGCCUACGGUCUAUGGCCCAUACCCGAUGCAGAAACCCUCGUUGAAUCUCCAUACCAACUAUACACAAUCAUUCAAUCGUCAUUUUCCCGGGCGCGAACAGCCCAUCAAGCUAUGAAAAUUCCUCAUAUUAGAUCGACCUGCAGGACGCUAAAAUAUUGGUCCGGCUUUAUACAUCCCUUUGAACGUGAUAUAGCUUUCUUUUCGCUAUCGGAUGAAAAGCGCAUACAUGCUAUAGAUGAGACACAAUUGCGCUUUCGAAGGGCCUUGGAUCGUGCAGUUGAGGAUAUUGGACUCUUGGAUUUUCCUGGAGAUUCUUCUAGGAAUCUUGGAAGAGGUCUUAGAGCUGAUAUUCUGAAUAUUUUACAGUUACAGCGGCAAGAGCAUGGUUCGCAUAAUUGUAUGAAGAAUUAUGCUGAGUUUGAUGAUAUUUUGGAGAGCGUUUCUGAGUGAAAGGAUGUGAAAGGAAGGUGGUGAGUGAGGUUGGUUUUGCUUGGUGUGGUGUUUGAUAUUUGAGAGAAAUUGAUGGGGAAUUGUAUAGUUCGUAUAUACUUGAAUGUCUGGCGUUCUUGUAUCUUCUUUAUAAUGGAUUAAAGUUAUGAGGUGUAGGUUGUUUAGUUUAUCUAUCAAGAAAGUUUAAAGAUCUGUAAGAUUCAUAUUCUA